AUGGCAUUUUCCUUGCUCCUUUCCGCAUCCGUAUUGCUCCUCUCCUCGACUUUUAGCGGCCAUGCGGUAGCUUCCUCCUUGCCAUUCACAAACACCACGAUACCACCAACAAAUGUCUCGAUACCGCACACACAUGCCCCGAUAAAGCUCAUAAACUCGUCGGUAAUAGCGCAUGACGACGGCUGCGUUCAUCUGCCCAUCGUUCACUCAACCAAUGCCAACCACUUUUCCAAGAAGCGUGGUGUUCAGCUCCAGUUAGCUAACCGGUCUGACAUCGCGUACUACGCCCAACUGAGCAUUGGUACACCACCACAGCCGGUUUUCGUGCAGUUGGAUACAGGAUCAUUUGAGCUGUGGGUGAAUCCAGAUUGUACCACCGUCCAGGGCGCCGACGCAGCAUUCUGCCAGCAAGUCGGCCGGUACGAUGGCAAUACAUCUUCGACAGCCAAAUCGCUGGGGACCACCAAGACGUUGAAGUAUGGCAUCGGUACUGCCAACAUCACGUAUUUUGAAGACACCAUCACUCUUGCCGGGACAGCCACCGCCCUCCAGGCCGUCCAGUUUGGCGUGGCCACCGCAACAGAAGAUACCUUCUCGGGUAUUCUGGGUAUUGGGUAUGGGAAGGGCAUUGCCACCAAAUACAAAAACUUUGUCGAUCAGCUUGUUGCCCAGAACGCUAUCAGAGCAAAGGCAUACACCCUCGCGCUGGGUAGUAAAGAAGAGAAGGAAGGAGUCAUUGUGUUUGGUGGUGUUGACCCCUCGAAAUUCGCCGGUCCCUUGGCCAAGCUGCCCAUUAUUGAUGCCAACAACUCACCGGACCAAGUGCCUCGUUUCUGGGUCGACAUGAAUUCGAUUGCUAUCACGCCACCCAACAACGAUACGAAAGUGUACGAGGGCAGCAAGAUGCCUGUGUUCCUGGACUCCGGGUCGACAAUGACACUGCUUCCACCCGAUCUUGCAGCGACGAUCGCGAAGGACUUUGGGGCCGACAAAGAGGAUGACAACGGGUUUUACCGCAUCGACUGCGGUUUGACAUCCAUGAACGGAACCCUGGACUUCUCCUUCAAUGGACUCAACAUCAGAGUCCCGUACAAGGAGAUGAUCAGAGAGGUACCCAGCAACCCGCCUGCGUGCUUCUUGGGCAUUACACCAAGCAAGAAGUUUACCCUUUUGGGGGACACAUUUCUACGGUCUGCUUAUGUCGUGUUCGACCUCGAGACAAACUCUAUUUGGAUGACGCAAGCUACAAGCUGCGGUUCCACCCCUGCGGCACUUGGUAGCGUUAACGAUCUGUCCAUGGUGGUGGGCGCGUGCGGUUUGACAGCUGAACCAGCGGUGACCGUUUCGAGUGCUGGCGGCACAACGGCGACCCCUGGUGUUGGUGUUGGUGGUGGUGGUACUGGAUCGGAUACGAACGGGGCCUCUGCGACAGUCUCCACGGUUGUGGUGCCUGAAUCGCCACCAGGUGCAACCUCGACAGCAGGGUCACCAGUUACUUCAUCAAGUUCAAGAUGUCAUCCGAUGGCGGUCGUUGCCAUGGCUUUUGCCCUCUUGGCCCUGGCGAACAUGGGUUGA